GGCAACCGUUGGGUGACAUGUUUUGAUGCCCUUCCAGAGAAAGUCAGCCAAGAUGACCCACCAAUACCCCGCUCUCACUGCCGAGCAGAAGAAGGCGCUCUCGGACAUUGCCCAGCGAAUUGUGGCCCCGGGCAAGGGCAUCCUGGCAGCCGAUGAAUCAGUAGGCAGCAUGGCCAAGCGGCUGAACCAAAUUGGGGUGGAAAACACCGAGGAGAACCGCCGCCUGUACCGGCAGAUCCUUUUCAGCGCAGACAGCCGGGUCAAGAAGUGCAUCGGGGGCGUCAUCUUCUUCCACGAAACCUUGUACCAGAAGGCAGAUGACGGCACGCCCUUCGUGGAGAUGAUCAAGGACAAGGACAUUGUUGUGGGCAUCAAGGUUGAUAAAGGGGUGGUGCCCCUGGCCGGGACUGACGGAGAAACCACCACCCAAGGACUGGACGGGCUGGCGGAGCGUUGUGCCCAGUACAAGAAGGAUGGGGCAGACUUCGCCAAGUGGCGCUGUGUGCUGAAGAUCAGCGAGAACACCCCCUCCUCCCUGGCCAUCCUGGAGAAUGCCAACGUCCUUGCCCGCUAUGCCAGCAUCUGCCAGCAGAAUGGCAUCGUGCCCAUCGUGGAACCGGAGAUCCUGCCCGACGGGGAGCACGAUCUGAAGCGCUGCCAGUAUGUGACUGAGAAGGUUCUGGCUGCCGUGUACAAGGCCCUGAGCGACCACCACAUCUACCUGGAAGGGACUCUGCUGAAGCCCAACAUGGUGACCCCUGGCCACACCUGCCCCACCAAGUACAGCCCCGAAGAGAUCGCCAUGGCCACCGUCACUGCCCUGCGCCGGACCGUGCCACCUGCCGUGCCAGGAGUCACCUUCCUGUCUGGUGGGCAAAGCGAGGAGGAGGCCUCCCUCAACCUCAACGCGAUCAACAACUGCCCGCUGCCCCGGCCGUGGGCUCUGACCUUUUCCUACGGCCGGGCCUUGCAGGCCUCAGCACUCAACGCCUGGCGAGGCCAGCGGGAGAAUGAGGAGCUGGCCACCGAGGAGUUCCUCAAGCGAGCCGAGGUCAACGGCCUGGCGGCUCUCGGCAACUACGAAGGUGGCGAUGGCUCCGGUGCUGCCGCGCAGUCUCUCUACGUAGCCAACCACGCCUAUUAGCCCCGGGCAGGGUUCUCGGGCCCCGCUGACCGGGCCCCCGGCUCCUCCGCUGCUUUCCAUCCUGGCCCCCCGUCGCUCCUGGCUUUUUCUAGCGUAGCCGUGACAGCAGCAAAGCGGGCAAGGGAGUGUCCGAUGCCGAAGGGAAGGCUGGGCGAUGCCCGAAGGAAGACAGGGCGCGAGCUCUGGUGGAGUCCUGCAACUGGGCGGGGGCAGGAGGAAAGUCCAGGCCUGCCUCGCAGGGUUGUUGUGAGCACGGCAAGCCCCAGCAAGAGUCAGGAGCUGAUCGACUCCUCUAGAGACCUGCAGGCGAAAGGGGGGAGGACUAUGCCACGGUGUGUGUGGGUGUGUGUGUGAGUGAAUCUGUUGCAGGGCCUCCUGUGUAGCUCAAAGAGGAAAGCUGUUAGGGGGCCAGGAGAUCCGGGGGGCGCUGCUGUGGCCAUCUCUAACACUCCGCUCUCUGUCCCGCUCGCCUGCCUUUCAUUUAUGUGAGGACCCCCGUAACAAACCCGUUUGGCUCUGCACUUUGACGUGAAUUGUGGCUUCGUGGCGCAGCACUGCCCCUCCUGCCCCCUCCCCACAGCAGCCUCACUGGUGGUGCCCUUGGCACGGACAGGCGGGGCCCACUGCCACUCCACGUGUGUGUGCUGCUCUCCGCACCUGAUGUACCAGUAGCCUCAUAACUAAUAAACCGUAGAGGUUCCACCCCUC